AUGUCCAUCCGUAUUCGCAACUACGAUCAUUACAUGGAGCUUUUCGAGGAGAAGAAAUCGCAGCCGAUCAUUCUGUACUUCACCGCCGCCUGGUAAUUCUCCUAUUUUAGUGUUCAUCCAAACUUUAACAUUUUCAGGUGCGGUCCGUGUCAGGAAAUCCGGCCCGCAGUGGAAACCCUAGCGGCCGAGCAUCACGAGCAAUUAUCGUUCUUCAAAGUGGACAUAGAAGAGAACGAGCAGUUGUUCGACGAGUUCGAGCUCAACUUCGUCCCCACUUUCGUGUUGCUCAUCGACGGACAAAAGAAGGAAGCGGUCGGCGGAGCCGAUUUGGAUAAAUUGAGAGAUCUUGUGAGGGCUGCGCUCAACUAA